ACCUUCGUUAAUCAUGUCAGGAAGAGGAAAGGGAGGUAAAGGUUUGGGCAAAGGAGGCGCCAAGCGUCACCGCAAAGUCCUCCGUGAUAACAUCCAGGGUAUCACCAAGCCCGCCAUCCGCCGCCUGGCUCGCCGCGGUGGAGUCAAGCGUAUCUCCGGCCUCAUCUACGAGGAGACUCGCGGCGUGCUCAAAGUGUUCCUGGAGAACGUCAUCCGUGACGCCGUCACCUACACCGAGCACGCCAAGAGGAAGACGGUCACCGCCAUGGAUGUUGUCUACGCCCUCAAGAGGCAAGGACGCACUCUGUACGGCUUUGGAGGAUAAAUCUCACAUUCCACCAAUCAAACAAUCAAAGGUCCUUUUAAGGACCACACACUUCUUCUAACAGUCAAAUAUCCUCCGAUAUCAAUUUGU